ACCGGCAGCAGAACCCUCCCCUUUCCCCCCUCCCCCCACCUUCUCAUACUUUAAAUAUUCUGAGGGCUUUGCCGGCGGCUUCCUCGAGCGCAGGCUUUCCCUCAGCUGAAGAAAGAGGAGCGCCCCGGAAGGCCGGAGAAGGCAGGCAGAGCCGCUUCUGGGCAGGAGGGGGCCCCUCCAGCCGCCCCCCGCCGCGCCUCCACGAUGUCCGCCUUGAGCUGGAAGCCGUUCGUUUACGGCGGGUUGGCCUCGCUCGUGGCCGAGUUUGGGACCUUCCCUGUAGAUCUCACCAAAACAAGACUUCAGGUUCAAGGCCAAAGUAUUGAUGCUCGUUUCCGAGAAAUCAAGUACCGUGGCAUGUUCCAUGCAUUGUUUCGCAUCUCUAAGGAGGAAGGCAUUCUAGCACUCUACUCUGGAAUUGCUCCAGCCUUGUUAAGACAAGCAUCUUAUGGCACCAUAAAGAUUGGUAUAUACCAGAGUUUGAAGCGGCUAUUUGUAGAUCGUUUAGAAGAUGAAACGUUGCUGAUCAAUGUCAUAUGUGGGGUGGUAUCAGGGGUGAUCUCCUCUACGCUGGCAAAUCCAACAGAUGUGCUGAAGAUCCGGAUGCAGGCUCAGGGCAGUCUGUUCCAGGGAGGAAUGAUUGGGAGCUUCAUAGACAUCUACCAGCAAGAAGGCACACGAGGGCUUUGGAGGGGUGUGGUCCCCACCGCUCAGAGAGCUGCCAUUGUGGUGGGAGUGGAGCUGCCCAUCUAUGACAUCACCAAGAAGCACUUAAUCCUUUCUGGACUUGUUGGAGACACAGUCCUCACACACUUUAUAUCCAGUUUUACAUGUGGACUAGCAGGUGCCAUUGCUUCAAAUCCAGUGGAUGUGGUGCGGACCCGUAUGAUGAAUCAGCGGGCCAUAGUGGGGUGUGUGGACCUCUACAGGGGUACACUGGAUGGUCUGAUAAAGACAUGGAAAAGUGAAGGCUUCUUCGCACUUUAUAAAGGAUUCUGGCCAAAUUGGUUGAGGCUUGGCCCCUGGAAUAUCAUUUUUUUUAUCACCUAUGAGCAGCUGAAGAGGCUCCCUUUCUAGGGAUCCGUUCGGAUUGGCGAUCCAGCUGACCUUCCCGCUCACCUCCCCCUAAUCCCUGCAUCUUCAUGCCUUCUUUGCCUGUCUGAACACUCAGUCUUGGGAGUGUGCCUUGGGUGAAAGGGGGAAAGACCUCUUCAGAUCCUGUUGUAUGUGCUUUCCCAAAAGAGCUGGGGUGGAGCGUAAGGGGGGAGAGUGGAUGGGUCCAAGUCUGUAUCUUCUGUGAAGAGUCAUGUGAGUUUCAGAGGUCCUUCCUGGUGCAGCUUCUUGCAAGGUGAGAUUUGCAGCAAGCUGUGCCUUUCCCGAUCCAGUGUCUCCGGCAAGGGGGAAUUUUAAGGAGGAUGCUGCAGUCUCUCCAUUGUCAUGUGACCUUAUUAAAUUAUUUAUUGGAAUGUUG